CGAGUAUGAUAGGUGUAUUUUAUUUCGUGCCUCCAAAAUUUCAGAUAUUCAGCUACACACAGACAGGUCUCCCAAAUUAGUAAGCUCUAUAAAUUCAAAACCAGAACUGCUGCAGGCCAGUGGCAAAUUCGAAGAUCGGGCAAAGUUGAUUGUCAGCGGAAAGUAAUCGCCAUGGAUAGAAACCACAAGUCGGAAGAGACCUUUGGACGCUCCAUGUCCAGUAGCAGUCGCCGCGUCAUGUGGAAGCUCAACGAGGAGGAGGAGACCUUCGACUCCUUGGUCAACUAUCGACGCCUUACCUCGCGCAGCCUGAACCGAAGUCAGGCGACCGAUGUGCCCACCAAGAGACGCACGGCCUCAGAAAGUUGGCACCUGCCAGCGCAAGAGGUUGAAACAAAGAGCGCCAGCACCGGCGAAAGCGAAUUGGGCAAAAAGUCAGUUAGCCUACGGGAAUCGACCUGGAAUGUUAAUCAGUCAUCGGCCACCUCGCUGCCGGAGCCCAAGGAGAUCAGCUCCAAAGAGCAGGCGAUCAUCUACUGGCGGCGUCUUUUCGACGGAAUCCACAAGCGUCAGCGUGGCGCAAUGAAAGCUGCAGCAACACAGCCCGAGGAUCCGACAGAUAUCGUGCUGACGACCAAGCCAAGUCUGGCAUUGCGCUACAAGCCCUCCCACGAGUCGCUCAAGAACAAGCGGAGCAAGGACCUGGCUACCGAACGCUGCCCGAGCACUUCCCAGGGAUCAACAUCCUGCAAACUGGUAGCGGACCUCAAGAUGGAGUCGUUCAGCCUGCCGCCGCAGCAGAUGUGUGUGGUGCGCGAGGUGGAGCCUCGGUUUGGCCAGCGUCGGCGCAUGUCGUUGGCUAACGACACGGACUCAUGCUACUCCGGCGAGCUGGAGGUACCCAAAAACAGUCCCGUCCAGCACCAACACCGGGAGGCGGGACCCUAUUCGCGCAGCGAACUGAUCAGCGUCCAUGUCUCGGCGCCCACAACUCGGCGGAGCACAUCGCCAAUAAGGCGCAGCACUGCGGCGAGCAAGGUGGCCGCCGGGACGAAGGGCGGUUCAUCACCAGCAGCACCAGGGGGCACCAAGUGUCCCAGUGUCAGCAGCGGUAGUGCAGGUACCAGCCAGCUGCCCACUUUCCGCCAGCGGCAGCAUGAGCUCCAUCGCUAUCGCGUUAAGAUCGAGCAACGGCGCCUUGAUCUCCUAGAGCUCAAGAUAGCCCGCGAGCGCGAGGAGGCGCUGCACAACGAGGUGUUGUUCCACAAGGAGCUGCAGAUCAAGGAGAACAUUAUGAAGGCGUACGAGGACAACGACUGCUCGAACGCCUAGGACUUUCUUUAAUCCUACCUCUUAUUCGGCCCAAAAUUCAUUAAGGUUUCCUACAGUUCGCAAUGGCCCUGGCCUCAGUAGUUCAAAGCACUCAGUCAAAUAAAACCGAAACUCAUUUAGACAUCCCAA